GGCCGCUCGUGUCGCAUCGCCCUGCAGGCGCGGAGCCCCCGCGGCCUCAGGGCCACGGCCCCCCCCGCCCGCCGCCGCCUCGGCCCGGCUCUUCCCAGGGCAAAAUAAAGCGCCUCCACAGAUGCUCGCGGCAGCCGCAUUGCAACCGCCGGGGAGGGCAGGGGAGGCGGACAUUGUCCGUGUGGUCAGGCGGGAACCGGGGUGGCGCGGCGCGGCGCGGGGGGGCACCUGCCGCCCGGGCGAGGCGGCUCCUGCCCCUCGUGAAAGGCGCGAGCACACGCCGUACCUGCCCAGGGCAGCGCCGUCGUUGCUGCCACCUCAGUGUUUUUGCAGCGGGGCCCCGCCAGCAUCCGCGUUUGCCAUCCUCGCCCCUCUUCGCGGGGCUGUCGCCGGCGACAUCUGCCAGCACUCUUUACCAAAAGAUAUGGAUGAGAAAACAGAUGAAGAACAACCUUUGACUGCAUGUAACCAGUACCCAAAAGAGGCAGUAAGGAAACGCCAGAAUUCUAGUAGAAGCUCCAGAGGUAGCGACUCCUCCAGGACGUCCAGGAAAAGCUUCAGGCUGGAUUACAGGCUAGAAGAAGAUGUAACUAAAUCAAAGAGAGGCAAAGAUGGGAAGUUUGUCAACCCAUGGCCAACAUGGAAAGCACCAUCGCUGCCGAAUAUUUUGAAGUGGGCCCUCAUGGAAAAAAAUAACAGCAAUAUCCCAUGUUCCAAACCGGAACUUGAUAAAGAGCUUCCAGUAUUAAAACCUUACUUCAUUCAAAACCCUGAACAAGUUGGGAAGACUGGAACAGGCAUGCGAGUCACAUGGUUGGGACAUGCUUCAGUUAUGGUGGAGAUGGAUGAACUUGUAUUUCUUACCGACCCAAUCUUCAGCCAGCGGGCUUCCCCGACGCAGUUUGUGGGUCCAAAGCGUUUCCGAGGACCUCCAUGUACAGUAGAUCAACUACCCAAAAUAGACGCAGUGAUGAUCAGCCAUACCCACUAUGACCAUUUGGACUACAAUACUGUAGUGAGUUUAAAUGAGCGCUUUGGUAGUGAACUGCGAUGGUUUGUGCCCCUUGGUCUUUUAGACUGGAUGCAGAAAUGUGGCUGUGAGAAUGUGAUUGAGCUGGACUGGUGGGAAGAGAACUGUGUCCCUGGUCAUGAUGCAGUUACCUUUGUUUUCACCCCUUCGCAACACUGGUGCAAGAGGACAGCAACAGAUGACAACAAGACUCUUUGGGGCAGCUGGUCUGUCUUGGGGCCCUGGAAUAGGUUUUUCUUUGCAGGAGAUACUGGUUACUGUGUAGCUUUUGAACAGAUAGGGAAACGGUUCGGACCCUUUGAUCUUGCUGCCAUUCCCAUUGGAGCCUAUGAGCCAAGGUGGUUUAUGAAAUAUCAGCAUGUGGAUCCCGAAGAAGCAGUAAGGAUUCAUAUUGAUGUUCAAGCAAAGAAGUCUGUAGCGAUUCAUUGGGGAACAUUUGCUUUAGCAAAUGAGUAUUAUUUGGAUCCUCCAGCUAAACUGAGCGAAGCCCUUGAAAGGUAUGGCUUGAAAACAGAAGAUUUCUUUGUCUUGAACCAUGGAGAGUCACGAGACUUGAAUACAAAUGAUGAUGGAUUUGAAUAAUAAAAAACUGGCAAUUCCUUGUGAGCCUUGCUUGAUUUGAACUAGGAGCUCAAUUUAAAAGACUGGUGGGUUGCAAAGUGUUUGUAUUUUGUUUUGGAUUCUUUUUUGGGGGGGGUUGUUUUCAAUUUGGACUGAAUUUUUAGAUUCCUGGUUUGUGUUGAUUUCACAAGUAAAACCUUGCAUACCAGCUUGAUUUAUAUGAUUGCUAGUUAAUUGUUUAUGAACUGAAUGGAACACUAAUGAGUGAUUUCAAUGCUAAUUAAUAUAAAAGGUAGUUCUUGAAAUGCCUUGUAAUUUCAGCUCUUAGGAAAUCACAGUUGCAAUGAUGAAUACAUUGAUUCUAUUUUAAUCCUUUCAUUAUCAGCUUAUAUAUACCAGCAAUAACAACCUCAGUACAGGUCAUUUUCUUUGGAAGUUAUGACUGACUUGAGUUAAUGAUCUCCAGAGAACUGUCUCCUCCUAUUCAGUCAUUAAUCCUCAGGACGUGCUGUGAGCUUCAUUGCUUAAAUACAUGGGUGUUAAGGGGUGGUGUCUUCCAACACAACUGUGUUGCUAAAGCACAUAAAAAGCAAAACACUGAUUUACAGAAUGCCUGUAUGUAUUUAUUGUGAACCAAUGAAAAUUUGAGUUUCAAACUGAUAUAAAGAAAUGUGCCUUCAUAAAGAGAGAUAUUACUUAAGUUUGCAUCAUUAAUGCAUACAGCUAUAACUGCUGGCCAGAAUAUCUGUACAUUUUUAUUGUUUUGUCAAUAUUUUUAAGAUCUUAUCAUGGGCUUAAAUACUUCUGUUGUUCUGAGACUUUUGCUUGUAAAAUACAGUACAUAAAACUGUAAAAACCCUUACAUUUUGCUCCCUGUAAAUGUCUUGAUUCAUGCUUUUCUUUGCAUAUUUUUAAGAGGUGUGAGCUCUUAAGCACAGAGGUUUAGAAACUUUUUUUUUUGAAGCCUGAUGUUGGAUUACAAAAUUGUUCAUUAUUAUACAACCUGGCUAACCCUGCCCAUUUCAAAUUGCCAUGCUAAUUUCCAAAAUAAAGCCUGUUGUUGCCAAAUAA